AACUCAAAGUUACUCUCUGCGUGUCGAACAUCCAUCAGCUUAGACCCUAUACUCUGGCUUCCGAUGACUAGCGAAGAGCGUAGCCGCUGCACCCGAUGGCGUCUCGGAUGGCUACCUGGUGGUCAUUCCAACUUCUGCUUCCGUCAUCCCACCUCUCAAAUC